GUCAUACUGACCCAAUCAGGUGAAAGCGACUUCGGAAUAAUCGCGCGACACAGCGAUAAGUUUAACGACUGAUUAGUUAACCAGCGGCGAUCGUAGAGGUGAAAGUUCAGCAGCUCCAAAAUGUCAGCAAAGGCAGUUAAGUCUAGUAAAUCCGGAGCCUCCAAGGAACCAUCGUUGGUCACCAAGCUCUACCUGUUUGCUUACAACGCCGGUCAGGUGGUCGGAUGGAGCUACAUCCUGUGGUUGCUGGUCAACUAUUACCUGUUGGAAACUCCCGAAUACCGGGCAAAGGUCACGUUGUGGGACUACACGCGGCUGGCCGUGAUCAUAUUCCAAAACGCAGCGUUCGUGGAAAUCCUUAAUGCGUCCUUUGGUCUAGUCAAGUCUAAUCCAGUGGUCACCGGAUUCCAGGUGUUUAGCCGCAUGAUGGUGGUCGUUGGUGUUGUGAUGGCCACUCCCACUGGAAAAGUAUCCCCUGGUCUUCCUAUCGCCCUGCUGGCCUGGGCCAUCACCGAGAUCAUCCGUUAUGGGUACUACGCCCUUAACAUCGUCAAGGUGGUACCCCAUUUCGUGGUGUUCCUGAGAUACACCACCUUCAUUGUUCUCUAUCCCAUUGGCGUGACCGGGGAGCUGCUGUGCUUCUGGUGGGCCCAAAGCUACGCCCGCGAGAACAGUGUUUGGAGCGUUGUAAUGCCCAACAAGUGGAACGCUACCUUCUCCUACUUCGGAUUCCUGUGGAUUGUCAUGCUGGGCUACAUCCCCAUCUUCCCACAGCUGUAUCUGCACAUGUUUGCUCAGCGUCGCAAGAUCCUGGGUGGAGGAGCAAGCGGAGCACAACAAAAGAAGGCCAACUGAACCUUGACCAGCGACGAAUGCAAAUUAUUGCAUCAUUUGCAUAUCUUCGGCCGUCGCACUUUGGAGCCGUUUUCGCUUUUUGGGGUCUGCCUUGCCUCACCUCUUACACAAGCUCAUUCAUUCGGACUAAGCUUAGUUUUAAGUGGUUUCGUGUACAAAUAAACCUAGAUACUCUUUCAACUAA